AAUACACAGUGGUGUUUACUGGUGUUUACUUUUAUCAGGCACAGUGAAACGCUACUCCAUCCAUGGAGUUUCAUGCAUUUUCAUGCACUUUUAGUUUAAGUGGAGAAAGCUGCGACUGAGAUUCGAGAUUUGUAAAGAGAAUUCGGAAGAACUCACUGCUGCAUUCUAUUGCCACUUUCAAAAGUGCAUCAUUUUAUAUUCGAAAUACUAGUUACGUUCUUUCAGGAUUUUCCGAACUGUGCACUCUCCCACGGUUUUUUUUAUUGCAAAGACGCGUUGCAUACGUGGAUUCUUUUAAGUUUUUCAGUCCUGUUUGUUCCAGCGAUACGAUGAUCACGGAGCUUUAAAUUCUUGUCAGUCAGAUUAUUCUCGGUGAUCAUUACUCCGCGUACAAUUUUCAGUAUAACAAGGAACAUAAAUAUUGAGGCAUAAUUAUGGCUAUGCAUACCGUACCACCAAAACGGAAAGAAAUCUACAAGUAUGAGGCGCCAUGGCCAUUGUACAGUAUGAACUGGUCAGUCAGACCUGACAAGAGAUUUCGUUUAGCAUUAGGAAGCUUUGUAGAGGAAUACAACAACAAAGUACAAAUCGUCUCGCUCGAUGAAGAAACGUCUGAAUUCAGUGCUAAAAGUACAUUCGAACAUCCUUAUCCGACUACGAAAAUUAUGUGGAUACCAGACAGCAAAGGUCUGUUUCCUGAUCUUCUGGCCACAUCCGGUGAUUAUCUGAGGGUAUGGCGCGCUGGCGAGCCCGAAUCUCGUUUGGAGUGCAUUCUGAACAACAACAAGAAUUCGGAUUUUUGCGCGCCGCUCACAUCUUUUGAUUGGAACGAAGUAGAUCCGAAUUUAAUCGGGACUUCUAGCAUAGAUACUACCUGUACUAUUUGGGGAUUGGAGACAGGGCAGGUUCUGGGUAGAGGAAUGGUCACCGGUCACGUGAAGACGCAAUUGAUCGCGCACGACAAAGAGGUGUACGACAUCGCGUUUAGUCGCGCUGGUGGUGGCCGCGACAUGUUUGCCUCUGUCGGCGCUGACGGGUCCGUGAGGAUGUUCGAUCUACGACACUUGGAGCAUUCGACGAUAAUCUAUGAGGAUCCGCAGCACACUCCACUAUUGCGAUUAGCGUGGAACAAGCAGGAUCCCAAUUAUUUAGCUACUGUGGCGAUGGACGCUUGCGAGGUCAUUAUUCUAGAUGUUCGCGUGCCGUGCACGCCAGUUGCAAGAUUGAACAAUCACAGAGCUAGCGUUAAUGGAAUAGCCUGGGCCCCGCAUUCGUCCUGUCACAUUUGCACAGCCGGCGAUGAUCAUCAAGCUUUAAUCUGGGAUAUACAGCAAAUGCCAAGAGCGAUAGAAGAUCCCAUACUCGCUUACACUGCUGCGGAAGGCGAGGUCAAUCAGAUUCAAUGGGGUGCCACGCAGCCCGAUUGGAUAGCCAUUUGUUACAACAAAGCGGCUGAGAUUCUCCGAGUAUAAAUGAGAAAUCUUUAUCAAUUUAUUUUAUACCGAAUUGAUAUUUGAAUAGACAUUAUUAAAAUUAAUUUUUUUAUUACCGAUGCAUAAGAUAUAUAUUCUAUUCCGGAAAGAAUAAUUAAAACUUGAUUCGAUGCGUUUCGCAAUUGUACAUAUGUUAAAUAUCUUAACUUAAUAAUAUUAAGGAUUGUUUCUCGUGAUUAUGGAUACUUAAAUCAUGUCAAUACAUAAUUAUUCAUACAUUAAUCAUUUAAAUGUCAUUCUGAAAUUAGGGAAAUAGUUUUAUGACUAUUAUUAUAGCGAUAUCAGAUUGAAUUUUUAGCAACAUAACAUUAAUUAGUUCACAGAAUAUGUGAUUACAUUUUGUGAUUACAAUUUUUAGUAUGUAAUGUACAGAUUUUUAUAUAGAUGUAAAUUUUUUAUAUAUAAGAAUAUUUGUAAUGACAACUUAUGAAUAUAUAUAUACGACUGUAUCGUCACUGAUAGAAA